AUGUCGAGUCGCGAAACGCACGGUUCCGGGAAAAAUGUCAAAGUGUCAAAGAAGGGCAAGGGCUCCAAGGCGAAAGUUGAUGAUGUGGUUGAGAGUGGUGAUGUAUCGAUAGUGGUCACGGGAGCCCCAAAUGAAGCAACAGUGGUGGAUCGGACCCUGGCUGGUCGGACUUGCAAAUCGUGCAAAGGUCCAGAUACCGACGAAAUGGUGCAGUGCGACAAGUGUGAUAAAUGGCAUCACUUCGGCUGUGUUGGAGUAACGGAGGAGGUAGCAGAUUGUAGUUGGAGCUGUCCAAAGUGCGUAUCGGCAAAAUGGGCCCAACGAUCGGGAUCUACUUCCAGCAAACAUCUUCAACCAACGGCUGAUGUUACGCACAACAUGGACGCCCAGAAACCGCAGACGUCGAAGGGAUCUAAUAAGGAAGAUCAGCAAAUUUCCGUAGCGAACGUAACGAAGCAGGAUGGCCCGACUUCAAAUGGCAAGGAACGACAACGAUUCAUGGACAGGAAAGUGGACGAUGGUGGGGCAUCGAGUGUUUUGUCAUCUGCAUCAUCACACAGGUCUUCAAGGACACUUCUGAAGCUGCAAAUGCAGAAGCUGGAGGAGGAGCAGAAGUUAGCGAAAGAUUUUCUGGAAAGGAAGUACGCUUUAUUGGAAGAAGCAGUCAGUGAGAAGAGUUCAAAGUCUGGUUCCAGAGUAAAUUCAGAAACUAGUUCCAGAAUGAGUCGAGUACACGAUUGGGUGCGUGGCAAUAAUACUCACCGUGACGAACGAAGCUUGCUGAACUACCCAGAAGUGUUUGAUCCGGAACGGCAUUCUACGCAGAACCCGAGUAUGUUAGUAGGACUGAAUCAUCUGGUUGCACCAAGAGAGAGGCCACUCACUUCACAACUGGAGGGACUAACGAUCGGCAGGACGUUUUCUGUAAAAGCAAUGUCCGGUAAUACUGCAGAUCCAGUGAGAUCAUCAGUAAACAGACCUGCUCCUUCUUCGCUGAGAAAUCAACCGAGUGGACACUUAAACGCAGUUGGACACUACUACGAUCCCGAGUGCAUUCCGAUGCGGCCAUCAUGCCAUAGAAGAGAACCACGAUUUGAAGACUUCGAAGACCCAUGUCCUCUAACCAAGAAGCAACUAGCGGCGCGUCAAGCGGUAUCAAAGGAUCUCCCAAGUUUCUCAGGUAUGCCGGAAGAAUGGCCUAUAUUCUUUUCAUCAUAUGUCAACACAACGGCGAUGUGCGGCUUCACGGAUGCAGAGAAUGCGGUCCGACUGCAAAAAUGCCUAACAGGGAAGGCAUACGAAACAGUGAAAAGCCGCCUGAUGCAUCCUUCCAACGUUAAAGGAGUCAUCGAUACGUUGCGAAUGAGAUUUGGACAGCCGGAAGCUAUCGUACACUCACUGAUAGCAAAGAUAACAGCUCUUCUACCACUAAAAGAAGAUAAACUUGAGACGAUAAUGGAUUUUGCCGUUGAAGUUCAGAAUUUUUGUGCCAUCAUCGAUGCGUGUGAAUUAGAAGAGCACAUGUAUAACGUGUCGUUGCUGCACCAGCUAGUCUGCAGGUUACCACCGUCGAUUAAGCUGGAUUGGGCUAGGUACCGCCAUACGCUUCCUAGAGUCAAUUUGGCGACCUUCGGAAACUGGAUUUACUCCUUGGCAGAAGCAGCUAGUACUGUAACUAUACCGGGAAUGUCAGAACCUAAGGCUACACGGAACGAGUCACGCAUCACCAAAAAGGGUACAGGAUUUCUAAACGCACAUAUAGAAAGCACAGAAUCGGAUCUAUAUCCGGAGGCAGAGACUGUUCGCCAGAAUACAGUUGGCUGCCUGGUUUGCAAGUCUAGUUGCAGAGCGAUCGAAAAAUGUAAGCAGUUUCUGGAGCUGCCCAGAGACUCUCGGUGGGCCGUAGUGCGUGAUUUCAACCUGUGUCGUCGUUGCCUGGGAAAACACAGCGGGGGAUGUCGGGUCAAAGCGUGUGGGAAAGAUGGCUGUACCCGUAAGCAUCACGAGUUACUCCAUAACGAAAAUCAAAGCAAGAAAGAUGUGGCGCAUGCGACUGAGGAAAAUCAUCAAGAACAACAGGAUUCCCCUUCGACGCGGCACGAGUGUAACAGUCAUCGUUCUCAUUCCAGUAGCUCGUUAUUUCGGUAUCUCCCAGUCACACUACACGGAAACGGCAGCUACGUGCAGACGUUUGCCUUUCUGGACGAAGGCUCGAAGCUAACCCUUAUGGACCAGGACCUUGCAGACGAGCUUGAGCUGGAUGGAGUUGAGAGUCCGCUGUACCUUCGAUGGACCGGUGGCACCGAGCGGUGUGAAAAAGAUUCUCGUGCUCUUACUGUUGCGAUUGCCGGUACGUACCCCGGAGCGAAAAGUUUCAAACUAGACGAUGUGCGUACGGUGAAGGAGCUCCAGCUUCCACAGCAAUCCUUGAACGCAAGAAAAAUAAUGGAACAGUAUUCGUAUAUGCGAGGUCUUCCCAUCGAGUCAUACGAGAAGGCUCGUCCACGGAUUUUGAUUGGGCUCAAACAUGCUCACGUGAGCAUUGUGCUGCAGUGUAGAGAAGGGAAGAUAGAGCAACCCAUAGCCAUAAAGACCCGGCUGGGCUGGACCGUGUGUGGCGGUAGCGAUGGCGAAAACGCGCCCAAUAUGGUUCAUUACUCCUUUCACGUGGGAUCGCGGGACGAUCAUUCGGACGAAGACCUGCAUCAAGCCAUGAAAGAAUAUUUUGCUCUCGAUAGCCUGGGUGUUGUGAAAUCGAACGAAGCCUUACUUUCCACCGAAGAUCAACGCAGCUGUCGAAUGCUCGAAUCGCUAACCAAUCUUACCGGUGACCGCUACGAAACAGGGUUGCUCUGGCGCUAUGAUGAAAUUCGUUUGCCGAACAGUCGACCAAUGGCACUUCGGCGAUACCGCUUAUUGGAAAAACGAAUGGCCAAGGAUCCAGAGCUUGCCAACGCCCUGAACCAGAAGAUCGCAGAGUAUACUGCAAAAGGAUACAUUCGACAGCUGACCAAGGAGGAGGAAGAACAACCGGUUGCACGUUCCUGGUAUCUACCUGUAUUUCCGGUGUUCAACCCGAACAAGCCGGGAAAGGUUCGCAUUGUGUGGGACGCUGCGGCCACGGUAUUUGGAAUAUCGUUGAACUCUGCGCUGUUGAAGGGCCCCGAUCAACUCUGCUCACUUUUCUCAAUACUUUUGCGAUUCCGAGAGCAUCGAAUUGCAAUAACUGGUGACAUACGAGAGAUGUUCCACCAGGUACGGAUCCGACAACAGGAUCGAUCUUGCCAGCGUUUCUUUUGGAAGGACGAAUCUGGAAAUACAGCUGUUUUUGAAAUGUGUGUUAUGACCUUUGGUGCUUGUUGCUCACCAAGCAGCGCACAAUUUGUCAAAAAUUUGAAUGCGGAACGGUUUGUCGCGAAAUAUCCACAAGCGGUCGAGGUCAUUAUCAAACGGCACUACGUGGACGAUAUGCUGGUGAGUGUAAAAACCGAGAAAGAGGCAGUCCGUAUGGUCGAACAGGUCAAAUACAUUCACUCUCAAGGCGGGUUCGAGAUCCGCAACUGGAUUAGCAAUUCUUCUGCGGUUCUGCGUUCAUUAGGAGAGGAUGAUGCGAAGACAAAAAACCUUGAUCUUUCAUCGGAAAUGGCGACGGAAAAAGUUCUAGGACUGUGGUGGUGUACGGAGAAGGAUACGUUGACGUAUAAAAUAUGCUGGACCCGCUACGACGUUGCGCUUCUUGCAGGACAACGACGUCCCACGAAGCGAGAAGUACUGAGGGUGCUUAUGUCCAUCUUCGAUCCCCUUGGCUUGAUUGCCCACUUCCUAAUCUACUUGAAGGUCUUACUGCAAGAAGAUGUCUCCAAUGGAAGUAUCGAGCUGCACACGUUCGUUGAUGCCAGCGAGGCUGGAUUUGCUGCCGUAUCGUACUUAAGAUACUCGGACGGCGAGGCGGUAGAAUGUAUUCUCGUUACGGCAAAAACAAGAGUUGCUCCUCUAAAAUUCCAGUCCAUCCCUAGGCUCGAGCUGCAGGCCGCAGUCCUCGGCUCAAGACUUGCACAAACAAUCAUUGAUUCCAUGUCCAUACAAGCAGGCCGACGCUAUUUUUGGACUGACUCUCGAGAUGUCUUGUGUUGGAUCAACUCUGACCACCGGCGUUUCACGCAGUUUGUAGCACACCGAGUAAGCGAACUUCUUGAUACCACGGAAGCAGCGGAAUGGCGUUGGGUGCCAACAAAGGAGAACGUAGCGGAUGAUGCCACGAAAUGGCAGGGGCGACCAGACCUCACCGCUGGAAGCAGGUGGUUUAAUGGACCCGAAUUUCUUCGGAGAAGUGAGCGCAACUGGCCCGAACAACCUCAAUUCAACAAGUACACCCAAGAAGAACUUCGUCCACAUUUGGUUGCGCAUAUUUCAACUGCGACACCGGCGUUAAACGUAACUGAUUAUUCCAACUGGAGACGGCUUGUCAACGCAGCUGGGCUUCUACUACGCUUUCCGGCCAACUGUCGACGCAAGCUACAGCACUACCCGAUUCUCACCGGUCCAUUGAUAAAGGAAGAGAUACGUGCCGCUGAAAAUCGUCUAAUUCAACAAGCUCAACGGGAUAACUUUACUGAGGAGAUUGCUACUCUGCUGAAAGGUCAACAAAUCGCACGAACCAAUCCACUUUUCAAAACAACACCGUUCAUUGAUGAUAGUGGAGUUUUGCGCAUGCGUGGCCGCACUACCGGAUGUCUCUUCAUUGCCGAAGAGGCAAAAAAUCCUAUAAUUCUGCCCCGUGACCACCACGUGACCACGUUAAUCAUCAGCCACUACCACGAGAAAUACCAUCACCUCAACCAAGAAACUGUAGUUAAUGAGCUGCGACAGAGGUUCUUGAUACCCCGAGUACGAGCUUCUUGUACAAAAGUGAGAAGAAACUGUCAGCGCUGCAAGAACGAUCGAGCGACGCCAAGUAUUCCGAUUAUGGCAGACCUACCCGAUGCCAGAUUAGCCGCCUACUCUCGACCGUUCACCCACGUGGGGAUUGAUUAUUUUGGGCCAAUGGAGGUUGCUAUUGGUCGAAGAGUUGAGAAACGAUGGGGAAUGCUAGCAACUUGCAUGACUACGCGAGCUGUACACAUCGAGAUAGCACAUUCCCUCACCUCAAAUUCUUGCAUAAUGGCUAUACGCAACAUGAUUGCUCGCCGUGGUACUCCUCGUUACAUAUACUGCGAUCGUGGGACUAACUUUGUCGGCACACGCAAAGAGUUGAUCCACAUAGAAGAGGAUCUCAAUUUGGAAAUCAUGAUGAAAGAGUUCAUCAGUUCCGAAACAGCUUGGGUCUUCAACCCACCCUUGUCCCCGCAAUGGGUGGAUGUUGGGAGAGACUUAUUCGCAGUGUUAAAAACAGUUUGA